UUCAGUCCAUAAUGUUUCAAGAAAUUUAAAAUCGUUUUGUUUAAAUAUUUCGAAUAAAUGACGUAAAAUUCGCAGAAUGGGUUGUGUGUGUUGUUCUUUAAGUUCAUUUGUAUCAAUUGUCCUAGAUGCCCUCGAAAGAAUAUCCCUAUGUACGGUAUGUGCAAUGUUGACGUGCUGUCUAAUGAUCACAAUAAUAAUUGUAAUGGUUCUUGGUGUUGGUAUCGGAUACCAUUAUUGUUUUGUACAAAAUUCUGUGGAAUCCAUGGCGAAAGCUGCCGAAGCCGCGGGAGCAUUGCGAUCAGGUCCUACAAAAGAUAAAGGUCACGUUAUGCGUUCGGUGGACAAGGCAGUUCAGCGCGGCUUCGCACAUCGUGUCGCGCGCAGAAAUAUCGAAGAUCCUCCUUAUUCGAAUACGAAGGCAAACACAACCUCUACAAUUAUUAACAUAUUGACAACGAAUGUUACUAAAUUUACUGCAAUUUGAAAAAUGCUCUAUUCCAUAGGAGUGUGUAAUUAUAAGAAAAUAAA